AUGAAGCGAAAAUUGAAUAAGUGGAUCAUCGGUUUUGGUGACAGGAUGAUAAAGGGUGAUUGUAAUAUCUGCGUCUUUAAAUCUUUCAAUGGACUUGUUGCAAUUAGCUCAUUGAUAUCCUUUCUUUCGGCCAUGGCAUUGGGAUAUUUAUAUUUGUUUCCAAGAUUUCAACUGAUCAAACGUAGUAGUUAUGGAAUUCCUGGUUCUAAUGUGUCUAAUGGUACAUGCAAUGUCUUUGAAGGAAGUUGGAUCUAUGAUAAAAAUUACCCUUUAUAUGAUGCCUCAAAAUGUCCAUUUGUGGAGCGUGGAUUUAAUUGCUUGGCUAAUGGCCGGAAAGAUGGGGGUUAUGCAAAAUGGAGGUGGAAGCCAAAGAACUGUGAUAUUCCAAGGUUCGAUGCACGUAUAAUUCUCGAAAAGUUUCGUGGCAAAAGAGUGGUAUUUGUGGGUGAUUCGUUGAGUAGAACACAGUGGGAGUCUUUAAUAUGUUUGCUAAUGACUGGGGUGGAGGAUAAGAACACUGUAUAUGAAGUCAAAGGGCAUAAGAUCACCAAAAAUAUCAGGUUUUUAGGGGUACUGUUCAGUUCGUUCAAUCUUAGAAUUGACUUCUAUCGAUCAGUUUUUUUGGUGCAGCAUGGUCCUGCACCAAGGCUUUCACCCAAGUGGGUGAAGACAGCACUUAGACUUGAUAAGUUGGAUGACAUUAGCCAUGAGUGGAUUGAUUCUGAUGUUCUCAUAUUUAAUUCGGGGCACUGGUGGACAAAGAGUAGACUAUUUCAUGAAAUGCGCUGCUAUUUUCAGGUGGGUAAUUCACUGAAUCUUGCAAUGCCAGUCAUUACUGGCUUCAAAAGAGCAUUAGAGACUUGGGCAUCUUGGGCUGAGACUAUGAUCAACACAAAUAGAACAAGGGUAUUCUUCCGGACUUUUGAAUCAACCCAUUGGAGUGGUAAGAAAUGGAAUACCUGCAAAGUGACUCAACGUCCUUGGUCAAAAACUAAUGGAAGAGAACGAAGCAGUGUUUCAGAAAUCAUAAUUAAAGUUGUGAAGAAAAUGAGAAUUCCUGUAACACUUAUGCAUGUUACGCCAAUGUGUGCAUUUCGUAGUGAUGGACAUGUAGGCAGGUGGAGUGACAACCCAAAUGUGCCAGAUUGUAGCCACUGGUGUCUACCUGGUGUACCUGAUACAUGGAAUGAAAUUCUAUUAUCAUUGCUGUUGUAG